UGUAGGUGCCUGACAACUUGUUUUGUUUUCAUAAGCUUAGUGGAGAGCCGAAAUAGCUUAGCGUAGUCGCGCGUGUGCUCAAACGGAACAAGUGAAUUGAAGGCACUCGUAGCUGUUCAAGUUGGUCUUUGAACACUUGGCAGUCGUAGUAAUUUUCAGUCGCUGGAGCUGCAUUCAGUGACUCAAAAGUGUUGCAUAAAGAGGAAUUAGCCUGUACAACUUUACAUUUCACCAAGGAAACAACCUGACAUUUUAGUUCAGCACUCUGAAUACUGGACCAAAAUACAUAUUGUCUGUUGUAGAUUUAUUACCUUACCAAUAUAGAGGGGAACGACCAAAGAACGCUGUGGAAAUACCUGAACUGGGCACUUUUGUAGAGCAUCUGAACAGACCACAGUCAGUGGGGGACAGCGAUAAAAUACGCUACUGAUAUCGGAUAUAAAUUCAUGUGAAAACUCUUCAAGGUAAGCGCGUCGUUUCUUUCGUAAUGUUCAGUAACAGUCUAGAAUUAAUUUAAUCGAUAUGGUCGUCUUAAAUAACUGUAUGCUACCGCUAAACUAGGAUUCACGUAAGUUGCCGUCUGAAAGAGUUCAGCAACCGACCGUUCGAGAAACAGGGCACAACACAUGGAAUAAGCCCACUGAAAAGGAAAGAUUCAUAUCAAGGGUGCCACUCUACAGACUUCACAAUGAGUGUACGUGGAGAAACACUGCGUAACGAAUAAGGUGUUAAUAUCAACAGUGCGGAAGAGAAUGCUUUUUUUCGGAAAAUUCACAGGUGUCCUCAGAAUACGUCGGGUCAAGCAUCACAACAGGGAAGUAGAGGGAGUGAAGGACAGUGUUUGCCCAGGAGGCGGCUGCUCCCGUCACACGAAUUACAGGGAAAUCUGUAACACUGAAGAAGUGAUCAUGCCUCGCAGGUCUCCUACCUGCCAAAUAACUGAAAACGAUUUCAUCACUGCUUCUCGUGAGGUCAAACAUGGUAUCAAUCACACGUAUGACAGUAAAAUGGUUGCACCGAAGACUGUGAAAAGUCUCCCUCCAAAACAUCUAAAAGGAAGGACGAAGUUUACAUUAAGUGCUUGGAGUUGGUGGGCGUUCUUCUGUCUCAACGUACACGUGUUGAAAACUCUAGCACAAGGUGACGUCGCACCGUACUUCAAAACAGAGCCUGGACCCCCAGAGAUUCACCUGGAGGGCAACCGCCUAGUCCUGACCUGUCUGGCAGAGGGCAGCUGGCCACUGGAGUUCAAAUGGAUGCUCAACAACACCGACAUCACUUCCUUCUCCCCAGAGUACAAAUACACCAUUCCUUCUCUGCAGCGCUCUGACAUGGGUUUGUACCAGUGUGUGGUGAGGAACAGGAUGGGAGCCCUGCUGCAGAAGAGGGCAGAGAUACAGGUGGCCUACAUGGGGGACUUUGCAGAGGCGGAGCAGAGGAAGACUGUGACGCAGGGCAGAGCGGCCAUCCUCAACUCCCCAGCGGUCGGCUCCCAUCCCCGGCCCCAGGUCACGUGGUUCAGGGACGGUUACAAGAUCAUCCCCAGCAGCAGAGUAGCCAUUACUUUGGAGAACCAGCUCGUGGUUCUGUCCACGGCGGCGGCAGACACCGGGAGAUACUACGUCCGGGCCGUAAACGAGAGGAACGGGGAGAACAAGACGAGCCCAUCCAUUUACCUGAAUGUGGCAGACUCCGAUGCUCCAGCAGACCCUGUGGCUCCAGUAAUCAUCAUUCCCCCCAGGAACACCACCGUGGUGGCAGGGGUCAGCGAGGUUACGCUGGAGUGUGUAGCUAAUGCACGGCCAGUGGAAAAGUUGAGUUUGGUGUGGAGGAGGAACGGGGUGGAGGUGACCAGCGGAGUGGGUUCCUUCGGGCGAAGGCUGACUAUCGUCAACCCCACCUCGGCCAGCGUGGGCCUAUACGUGUGCGAGGCCUCUUUACUGGACAGCAGCGUGAAAUCCGCGGAGGCCAGAGCGUUCCUUUCCAUUAUAGAGGGCCCUUACUUUACUGCGGAGCCCAGGAGGAAGAUUAUGGGAGAGGUGGAGAAGACGGUGGACAUCCAGUGCCAAGCACGAGGAGUGCCAGUGCCUAAGAUGGAGUGGUAUAAGGAUGCAGUGCCUCUCAGUAAGCUGAACAACCCACGCUACAAGGUCAUAUCCAGCAUGGGACUACAGAUUAGGAAAGUUCAGGCCAGUGAUGCCGGAAUCUUCCAGUGCUUUGCGAGGAACUCGGCUGGAGAAACCCAAACCCACACAUACCUGGACGUCACAAGUAUGGCCCCGGCUUUCACCGCAGGCCCGGAAAACGUCACGGUAACCGACGGCGCCGUGGCGACCUUCACCUGUCAAGUAUCAGGGGCCCCCAGACCAGCGAUCAUUUGGAAAAGAGACUCUCAGAUUCUAGCCAGCGGCUCGAUGCAGAUUCCACGCUUCACGCUUCUUGAGUCAGGAGGGCUUCAAGUCAAGCCCGUGGUCCUGCAGGACACGGGAACAUACACCUGCUUUGCCGCCAACACGGAGGGAACCGUCAACGGCAGCGCCACGCUCACAGUCUGGAGUCGCACCUUCAUAUCGCAACUGCCCACGGACCGGCGCGUUAUUAAGGGGACGACAGCGAUUUUAGAGUGCGGAGCCACCCACGACCCCCGUGUGGCCGUUAGGUAUGUUUGGAGAAAGGAUGGCGAGUUGGUGGCCAGUCCAGAGGGGGGGCGCAUCACUUUGCAGGAGGGCUCUCUGCACAUCAGUCAGACCUGGUCCGGGGACAUCGGCGACUACACCUGCAACGUCAUCUCUCAGGCGGGAAACGACUCCAAGUCCGCCCGCCUGGAAGUCAUUGAGUUACCUCACUCUCCGCGGAGCCUCCAGGCCAGCCUAAACGCCACCGACAGCCGCAGCGUGGACCUGUCUUGGACGAGACCCUUCGAUGGAAACAGCCCCUUGCUACACUAUGUGGUGGAACUCUCAGAGAACAAUUCCCCUUGGAGAGUUUAUCUGCCAAAUGUGGACCCCACCCUGACUAAAGCCGUGGUGACCGGGCUCACCCCAGCUCGUACCUACCAGUUUAGGGUGUGUGCUGUCAAUCAAGUGGGGAAGGGCCAGUACAGCAGCGAGACCAACAGGUUGAUGUUACGCGAAGAGCCGCCCAGCGCACCGCCCAAAAACAUUGUGGCCAGCGGCAGGACCAACCAGUCCAUAAUGGUCCAGUGGCAGCCCCCGCCAGAGCCGCAGCUUAAUGGGGUGCUACGGGGUUAUGUCCUCAGGUAUCGCCUGGCCGGGCUCCCCGGAGAGUACCAGCAGAAGAACAUCACCAGCCCGGAGAUUAACUACUGCCUGAUCACUGAGCUUAUCAUCUGGACCCAGUAUGAGAUCCAGGUGGCGGCUUACACUGGGGCCGGCCUGGGCGUUUUCAGCCUGCCAGUGACAGAGUACACGCUGCAGGGAGUGCCAACAGCGCCCCCUCAGGGUGUGGAGGCAACAGCCAUUAACUCAACUACAAUCAAAUUUACAUGGAAUCCACCACCUCAGCAGUUCAUUAACGGCAUUAAUCAAGGUUACAAGCUAAUGGCAUGGCCAGAACAUUCUCCAGACAGCAUUAAGGUGGUAACCAUCACCCCAGAUUACCACGGCACCCGUCACCUUGGUUACAUCAGCGGCCUGAAGAAGUUUACCUGGUAUCUGACAUCUGUACUAUGCUUCACCACGCCAGGGAACGGGCCUCGGAGUACACCCAAGCUUGUCCAGACGCACGAAGACACCCCUGGUCCAGUGGGACACCUGAGCUUUACAGAGAUCCUGGACACCUCCCUGAGAGUGAGCUGGGAGGAGCCCGUGGAUAAAAACGGCAUCAUCUUAGGCUACCUGGUGUCCUGGGAAGUCCAGGGGAAAAACUCCACACGCGUGGCCCGGACCAUGCCCAACAAUACUCUGGAGUACAAGGUGACAGGCCUGACCUCUCUGACUACAUACACCCUGGAGGUGGCCGCCAUGACCGGGGCCGGUAUGGGCGCGGUCACAUCCUCCACCAUAUCUUCAGGAGUCCCACCCGAACUUCCUGGACCCCCAUCAAAUCUCGUUAUCUCCAAAAUCAGCUCUCGUUCUGCCACAUUGAAAUUCCGAGCAGGGGAUGAUGGGAAAACAUCUAUCUCCAAGUGGAUAGUGGAAGGGCAGGUGGGUAGCAUUGGCGACGAGGAAGAAUGGAAGGUCCUGUUUGAGAAAGAGAACGAUCCGGAAGCUCAGGUUUUGGAGGUGCCAAAUCUAAUCCCCUUCACCCACUACAGGUUCCGCAUGCGACAGGUGAACAUCGUGGGCCAGAGCCCCGUGAGUGCCCCCUCCCGCGUGAUCCAGACUCUACAGGCCCCCCCUGACGUGGCCCCCAGCAGCGUGACUGUCCGCACGGCCAGUGAGACCAGCCUGUGGCUACGCUGGGUGCCUCUGCCAGAUACGGAGUACAACGGCAACCCAGAGUCGGUGGGGUAUAGGAUCCGUGUUCGGAGGGCGGACGGGCGCGGCGAGCCUCGUAACCUGCUGGUGAACGACAGGCUGGAGAGAGAGAUGACUCUGGAGGGACUGGAGGAGUGGACGGAGUACCUGCUGCAGAUCCAGGCUUUCAACUCCAUCGGCCCCGGGCCCUGGAGCGACACGGUCAAGGGCCGGACACGGGAGUCAGUGCCGUCUGGAUCUCCAGAGAACGUGACAGCCGAGGCCAUGAGCUCAACGCGCAUCCUGGUAACCUGGGGACCCGUGCCGGAGCAGGAGCAGAACGGCAACAUCCUUGGAUACAAGGUUUUCUACAAAGAGAAGGACUCCGGGUCAGAACCGCAGGUGCACGUCGUCAAGGGAAACCUGACGCAGUCGGCCCUUCUCAGGGGCCUGCGGAAAUACGUCCAGUACGAGAUCCGUGUGCUGGCCUUCACUCGCAUCGGUGACGGAGAGCUGAGCAACCCCGCCGUGCUGGAGAGGACAAAAGACGACGUUCCAGGACCUCCUGUGAGGCUGGUGUUCCCAGAGGUGCGUCUGACUGAAGUGAGGGUCGUCUGGCAACCCCCUGUGGAUCCUAAUGGAAUUAUCAUGGGAUACCAAGUGGCUUACCGUCUGGAUUCGGGAGAUCCCAACCAGUUCACCACUGUGGAGGUGGGUCCCGACACCCGACAUUUCACAGCGGUCGGCCUCACUCCAGAGUCUGGAUACGUGUUUCGCAUCGCCGGGAAAACCGAGCAGGGCUGGGGCACUCCCGCACAGGCCAUGGUCAUCACCACCGAAAUUAGAGAGCGGCCCCAGCCCCCGAAGAAGCUGAGCGCACCCCAGGAUGAGGUGCAGUCCCGUCGGCUGCGACUCAGCUGGACCCCAGGGGAAGACGGCUCCUCGCCCGUGCGCUACUUCACGCUGCAGACGCGGGAGCUCCCCGAAGGAGAGUGGAUCACCCACUCCUCCGCCAUCAGCCACAACUGCACCUCCUGGGAAGUAGACCGGCUGAAACCCUUCACUUCAUACAAGCUCAGAAUGAUGGCAACUAAUGACGUUGGAGACAGCGAGUACAGCCAAGAGACGGAUGCAAUUACGACUUUACAAGAUGUUCCGGAUGAGCCCCCUGUCAUUCAGGCUGUGAGGCCCUCCACGACCACAUCUGUCCUGGUGCAGUGGCUGCCGCCCAAGGACGAGAGUGUGAAUGGGGUGCUGGUGGGGUACCGUCUGUAUUACCGCGAGCUGCAAUAUGACAGCACUCCGCCGGAGUCAAAGAAGACCAUUAAUGGCUCUUCUUCACGUGCAGAUUUGACAGCCAAAAGCACUGUGAAGACAGUGAGUGAUCCUUCGCUAACGGAGUUUGAGCUAACACAGCUGCAAAAAUACAGACGUUAUGAAAUUGUGAUGACGGCGUACAACAUCAUUGGUGAAAGUCCUGCGAGUGCUCCAGUGGAGGUUUUCGUUGGUGAGGCAGCCCCUUCGGUGGCCCCUCAGAACAUCCAGGUCAACACGCUGUCGUCCACCCAGCUGGAAGUUCAGUGGGAGCCACCCCCUGUGGAGACUCAGAAUGGCAUUAUCCAGGGCUACAAGAUACAUUACUGGGAGAUGGACAACCAGAAUGAGACAGAGAAAGUGAAAAUCCUGUUUCUGCCGGAAACAACUAUAAGACUGAAGAACCUAACCAGCUAUACCUUCUACCUGGUCAAACUGUCUGCCUUCAACGCUGCCGGGGACGGCCCUUUCAGCGAGCCCAGGAGGGGGCGCACUCUCCAAGCAGCUCCCAGUGCUCCCAGUUUCAUUUCUUUUUCGGAGGUGACCAGUACCACUCUCAACGUGUCCUGGGGUUUUCCUCUGUCACCAAAUGGAGUGGUGGAAGGCUACAGGGUGGUCUAUGAGCCCACUGCUCCUAUCCACGGUGUGAGUAAGGUGGUGACAGUGGACAUCAGAGGGAGUUGGCAGCGCUGGCUGAAGGUGAGGGACUUGACCAGAGGAGUCACCUACAGUUUCCGCGUGCAGGCUAAGACCAUCGCCUACGGACAAGAGGCCCAAGCUAACAUCACCGCUGGGCCCUUGCAAGGUUCACCAGGCUCACCUGUGCAGGCAACAGUCACAAAAUCUGGCUCCGCCCUCACUGUUCAUUGGUUGCCAGGAGACACCGGAAAAGGGCAAAUCACAGGCUACGUGAUUGAGGCCCGUCCCUCUGAUGAAGGACUAUGGGAUACCUUUGUCAGACACCUGCCCCCCAGUGUCACCUCUCACUCCAUUAGCCUGGACCGCCUCCGGCAGGGCGUGAGCUACCAGUUCCGAGUGCUGGCUGUCAACGACUUUGGCUACGGUGAACCUAGUGCGCCCUCUACUGCCAUGUCCGCCCAGCUGGAGACACCUUUCUAUGAGGAGUGGUGGUUCCUGAUUGUCCUGGCUCUGUGUGGCCUUAUCCUGCUCCUGCUGGUCGUGUUUGGCCUGGUGCUGCACGGACAGAACAAGAAAUACAAGAGCUGUGGAACAGGUAAAGCCGUCUCCACUGUGGAAGAGGCAGUCACGCUGGACAACGGCGGUUUCACCGCUCUGGAACUGAACAGCCGGCCCCUGCAAAUCAAGAGCUCUUUCCUGAGGAAAAACGGCACCAGGUCCCCACCUCGGCCAAACCCAGCUGGACUGCGUUACUCUGAUGAAGACAUAUGCAACAACUACAACGGCGGCGUGUCCACAGAGAGCACAGCGUUGACAGAGAGGCCUGCGGACAUGUCUGAAUCUGAGGCCACAGACAGCGACUGUGAGGAAGAACAGAUCAAGCACUCGUUUGUCAACCACUACAUGAGCGACCCCUCGUAUUUUAACUCGUGGAAGCGCCAGCAGAAGGGCCUGAAGCAGACGCUGGCCUGCGCUUACGAGGAGUGUGCUAGCGGUGAAAGCGAAUCCUACUAUCAGACUGUGGUCACCCAGCACAGUGUGGGAGGCGCCUACACUCCCUCCGGCCAGCCGGCCCAGGGCUCACGGACUCCUGUCACAGGUUUUUCCUCUUUCGUGUGACAAUGACAGUGCGCUGAGGAGAGAGACAGGCGUAGCUUUUGUCGGGAAACAGGACUGAGGUACGGGCACCCGUGGUCCGUGGUCUUUUCAAACAGCGCCGUGUAGGCCCAAAGGAGAAGGCACAAAGCAUCAAAGAUUCUCUUGAUAUUUUACACUUUUAGAGCCCACCGCGGGCACCUAGGAGACGUCACUGAGAACUGAUCAUCUGAAUGUUCUCUCACGCUGAUCAGAGAUUUGAGAUAAUUAGGAAACAAGAGGAAGAAGAUGUGGCUGACUUGCAAAUCACCCUUAGCACCAGAGGAUAAUCACGGCUUCUGGGCUGUCUGUGUUACUGUGUUUGUCCAGCAAGUUAUGCAGCCCGGAGAAAGCUUUUUUCCCACAUUAGGUCAAAAAAAAAACCACACAGAAAAGCAGGGUUUACAGAGAAAUUGACACAUUUCCUCACUGAGAGUUACACAGCACCAACCCCAGCAGUGCCAUCUUUCUGCUGUAGUUUAGAAGAACAUCAAACAUUCCUACCUAGAUUCCCUUUACAAAUUCAAAAAUGACAAAGAGGAUUUACACAGCAAAACACCCAUGUAAAUAAUCUGAGUUUAACCCAGUUCUUUUGUUUUUCCUUUCUGAACUGUUUUUUUUUUUGCCCCUACUCAACUUAUGUAUUGCACUUACGAUCUGAAAGUUAUGAGCUUGAAUUAUGUGUAAGUGGAUCCUAAACACUGUAUAUUUCAAACCCUGAGAAAGAAGCACAGGGCUAUAGAACAGAUUCUUCAGCGUUUCUCCUGUGGGUGCUCUGGACUGCCUCACCAGCAAGAAACCAAUGGAGUCCAUUUACCUGUGGCCAAAACCGCAUAGACAUCCCUUUCCAUUGCCUAGUCUGUCAUAUGGUGUGACACGGAAUAUCAGUUGUGUUGUGCUUUGAUCAGUGUUUCGUGGUUUUCAGUUUUGGGGGUUUUUCCGUUUUGUUUUUUUUUUUUGUUUGUUUGUUUGUUUUUGGGUUGUUGUUUUUUUUUUUUCAAAAGUAGUUUGUUUUGUCCGGCUUAAGAACUGCAAACACUCACUGGAAAACAUUUAAUUGAUUUUUUUUAAGUUUGAAUGUAAAAAAUAUUUUAUGGGAGGGAGAAUUUUUGAAUGCCUUUGCACAUAUUAAAUUGCACACUUAAGCCAUACGGACGUUGCUUUAUUGAAAAAAAAAGUACACAGGCAUCUUUGAUGUGUGAUCGCAUUUUUUUUUUCCCAAAUCAUUGAUAAUUUUGUAUGAGUGAAUUCUUUGUUUUGUUCUUUUACAAGAAGAGUUGUAAUAUAUAUUCAAUUAUGAUAUUGCAACUUUAGGUUCAAUGUAUGUAUUUUUUCUUUUCUUUUCUUUUUUUUUAUCUGUAGGGUUAUCACUCUGUGAUGUAGCUCCACUUGACAUUUUUGCAGCUCUUGAAAAAACUGUUCGUACAACCACGAGGAGUGAAACAAAGAAUAUUUCAGCAUUUAUGAGUCUAUGCUCAUUAUCACUGUUGUCUCUGUUUUAGCACGAGUGGAUAUAUUUGGAUUUUCAUAAAGUAAAUCAGUUUACCACACUUUUUUUUAGAGAAAUUAAAUGUUUGCUGUUGACUUUAAUGACCAAAACCUUCAAAA